AUGGCCACCGCCGAGGAAGACAACAAUAUAGAAGAAGCGCCAGCUUCAUUGCCCGAAGCUGAGAAACCCAAAGAUGCACAUCUUGAGCAAGAUACGGAGUUGGCCCCUAUCACGCCCGGGAUUGACCCGGUUAUCGAGAAGCGCGUUCUGCGAAAACUUGAUCGUCGGCUUCCGGUAAUUACUGGAUUUAUGUUUCUGCUAUCAUAUCUGGACCGCAGCAACAUCGGAAACGCUGCAAUCGCCGGAAUGAGGACAGACUUGGGUCUAGACAGCGGGAAAUAUGCAUGGCUCUUGACCAUUUUCUACAUUUCAUACACCCUCUUUGAGUUUCAAGCUCUGAUGUGGAAAGUUCUUAAACCGCAUCGAUGGGCUGCGUUCGUCAUGUUUGCAUGGGGCGUCAUCGCAACCUGUCAAGCCGCAGCCCGAAGCUGGAGCGGAAUGAUGGCCCUCCGCUUCCUUCUGGGCGCUGCAGAAGCCGGCUUUGGUCCCGGAGUACCCUAUCUACUAUCUUUCUUCUACAGUCGUCGCGAACUUGGUUUGCGAUGUGGUAUUUUCCUCUCUUCAGCCCCCCUCGCGGCGACGUUUGCCGGCGCAUUGGCGUAUGGAAUCACAUCCGGUCAUCCGCAUAUCGAGAACUGGAGACUUUUGUUUCUUGUGGAAGGCUUACCUAGUUUGGCGUUUGUCCCGUUUGCGUAUUUCUUACUACCCGAUUCACCGGGAGAAGCAAAGUUCUUGACGGAGGAAGAGAAGGAGGUUGCGAAGGCGAGGAGUCUGAGGAGGAGUGGAGAGGAGAUUGCCUCGCAUAAGAUUGAUUUGAAGGAUAUUGUGCAGACGUUGCUUGAUCCUAAGCCUUGGUUUACCGCUUUCAUGUACUUUAGUUGCAACGUCAGCUACUCCUCGCUACCAGUAUUUCUACCCACCAUCCUUGAAGACAUGGGCUUCACAGCCGUGAACGCUCAGGGCCUCGAAGCCCCGCCAUUCUUUCUGUCUUUUCUCGUUACCAUCUUCUCAACCUGGGUUGCAGAUAAACUAGAACAGAGAGGUCUCGUGAUUGCGAUCUUAUCUACAAUUGGAGCAGUGGGAUAUGUCAUUAUCGCUGCUGCUGAGACUGUGGGUGUUCGGUACUUUGGCGUCUUUCUUGCUGCCAGUGGCGUUUUCCCUGCUAUUGGUAACAUUCUGUCAUGGGUUCUGAAUAAUCAAGGUUCCGACACCCGCCGCGGCAUGGCAAUAGUCAUGCUCAACCUAAUCGGGCAAUGCGGUCCCUUUCUCGGCACAAACUCCUUUCCUUCUAGCGAUUCUCCCCGAUAUGCGCGCGGAUUAUGGAUCUGUGCCGCAUUCAUGUUCUUCAACUUGUUCUUGUGUCUAGGCUUGAGGACACUGUUGGUGUGGGAGAAUAAAAAGUUGGAUAGAAUGUACGGCACGAAAAAGGAGAGACAGGCAAGGCAGAAGAGUGGCUUUGUGACGGCGGAGGAGAAUUAUGGAGAGGAUUUUAGGUAUAUGCUCUAG